UGUUUCCCGCCAAUUAAUACUCAUUCUACUGAAGCCACGACGACCCGGUAGUAAACUUGGAAUACAACUUUAUUAUUUCCUUGGAUUAAAACUUUUGCAAACUUUGUUAUUUCAAAGGAGUUAUGAUGUCGAAUGUGUACAGAAGUAGCGAAAGGAGAAAAUUGUACUCGGAGUACGAUUUGCAAAGAGAGGAAUUAACAGCUGUUCUGGGAAGAUCACAAUCUGUGCCAGGUAAAGCCCAUAUGGAAAAUGAGAAGAAAAUGAGGAGAGAAAUUGCCAACAGCAAUGAAAGACGAAGAAUGCAAAGCAUCAAUGCUGGCUUUCAGAGUUUAAAAUCUCUGAUUCCCCAUAGUGAUGGAGAGAAACUAAGCAAGGCUGCCAUUCUGCAGCAGACAUCAGACUAUAUCCAGCAAUUAGAAAGUGACAAGACCAGACUUUUGGCUAUCAACAACCAGCUGAGCACCCAGCUUAAACGCUUACUAGGAAGCGAUUAUGAAAAGCAAGUCUCGGUCAACUACAACCCGUCACCUCCGACGAAGCGGAAGAAGCGAGAUACAGAAUCAUCAGAUGAGGGAAUAUCGGCAGACUUUGAAGACAUCAAUGAAAUUAAGCGAGAGAUGAUAGACCUGCGAUGCCAGCUUGACAGAGAGAGACAUUUGCGAAUGAUGUUACAGAAACAAAAUCAAUCACUUCAUUUGAAGCAAGAACAUCAAACAACAGUUGAAGAUAUUCCAGAAAAGAGAUCAAAGGAUAAAGUGGUUUACGUGGAACAGGUAGAAUCUGAGGAGGAUGACAAAAUGCAGGAAAGGAAUUCUGAUUCUGAAUCCAUGUCUCGCAGAAACUUGGAGACAAUUGUUGAAGCAAUCAGACACCUGGAAGGGGACCGUUUAGGGUUUAAUGAAAGAACAACACAUCACCGAGGCAUUCCUCAUAGUGACGAGAGUGAGAAAGAAAGUAGUGUUACUUGUAGUGAACCGGAAGACCGUGACUCUCCUAUUCCAUUUGAGAAAAUAGACUCCAGACAAUCUGUCACAGAAGUUCAACUGACAGAACUACAUCCCCACCUCUCAUCAUCACAAUAUCACGAGAAGUUCCCCAUCGCCACUAAUUUAUUACAUCGACCAAACAUGGUACAUUACUACUGUCGACCAAAUGUCAUAGUUCAGAAGUCAUAAGAUCAGCCUUGUAGAUUCUUCAUUCUUCAUCCAUCCUGCCACUCUGUACAUAGUAACUUCAUGGUUCCAUUGACAUUAAAAGAAAAACUGCCCUUUUCAUACGAAAUGUGUUUGUAUACUUUAUGUAAUGUGUCAUUCGAUUAUUUCAGAAGAGUGCUUCUCACCCAAGGAACUGCUCAAUUUUUUGUAACUGUAUACAGUUUGUGAUGUCCUCAAAUCUUUAUUGCCUUUAAUACUGAAUCAUUUCUUUACGAUAGAUUCAAUUAUCAAAAUUUAAUAUUAAUUUUUCUUUGAAAAGUAAAAAAAAUAAUUAAAUUUGGGGAAUUGUUCUUUUGAAGAUAUGGAAGGGAGGCAUUUUAUUUUCAUUUCUUGUAAUUUAUUGAUCAUGUACAUUUGUAAAUAGGUCGCCGUCAUUGUAUCAAACUUUGUUAUUGCAGUUGUUAAGUUUUAUUUUUGUAUGAAAGAGUUGUCUGUUGAAGCCACAAAAUGCUGCUCUUUCAAAUUUUUAUUUAAGUUUUUUUUUCAAGAAAAUUGAAUUGUGAAUUGAAUGUUUUCCAUAUAGCUUUCUUGUGAGUCUGUGGUGCUUAUUGUAACAAACCUGAGUAAAUUUAACUGCUAGCAUUCAAUCACUGAGGCAUUCUCCAGAU